AUGCGUUUCCAGAUGAUCCCCCUUCUUGCUGUCGCCAGCUGCGCGACUGUCAACGCAAGCCCCGUCCAGCAUGAGCCUCGUGCAGCAGGAUGCAGCUCAUACACCAUCAUCAACACCAGAGGGACUGGUGAGGUGCAGGGCGCCUCAUCCGGUUUCCGAACAAUGAACUCUCGAAUCACUUCACAAGUCUCUGGCGGAAAGAUUUACAACACUGUAUACCCUGCCGACUUCAGCCAGAACUCAGCAUCGGGAACCCGUGACAUCGUCAGAAAGGUCAACAGCGUCCUGUCGUCCAACCCCAGCGAGUGCUUCAUCCUCGAAGGCUACUCUCAGGGUGCUGCCGCUACCGUCAACGCCCUGUCGCAGCUGACUGGUAGCGCCAAGGAUGCCGUCAAAGGUGUCUUCCUCAUCGGUAACCCUCUACACAAGAGAGGUCUUGAGUGCAACGUGGACAACAAGGGUGGUGACACUACCAAGAACGUCAGCGGAAUUUCAGCUUUCGGAGGUGGUGGUAUUCCUCAGGACUGGGUCUCAAAGACUCUUGAUGUCUGUAUCUAUGGUGAUGGCGUUUGCGAUACCACCCAUGGCUCCGGUAUCAACGGGCCUCAUCUGCAAUAUCCUAGGGAUUCGUCCACUCAGGAUCUUGGAACUAAAUAUGUUGUGAAGCAGCUGACUGGCUCCAACUAG